UUGAAAUACGCCACUCGGCCACCGGGCGGCGACGGUGACAUUGGAAAAAGCAUUGUCAAAAUAUCUACGUUUGUGUCAAAAAUUUAAAGUUAUUACGAGUUUGUUAAAUCAGAAUCACGUUAUUAAUGUCACAUUGUGUUUUACCAAAUUGUGUACGGUUUAAUCCGUGUUAAAUGUUUUAAUGUAUUUGUGCGAUGCUAUUAGAAAUGCAAGUUUUUACGGCGUUUAUGGAUGUUGAAAGUACCAGAUCUUAUAUAGAUGAUUUAUACUCGAAAGAUGCUUCUAAAUGCUUGCAAUCCAUAGUGUGUAUAAAAAAUUCGGUAAUAGGCUCGAAUCGCCAAAAAGAGUCUGUAAUAGCACAAGGCAUUGUUCCUAGGCUUUUGUUCCUACUGAAAGACAAAAAUACCAAGGUAAAUGUUCGCGUAGAAGCCGCAGUAACCAUAGGAUCUUUAGCUAAGGGCACAGAAGAGCAUGUGGAAUUACUUAUCAGUUCUGGGACAAGUCAAAUUCUCCUGGAUGUACUGGAAGAAAACGAACCAAGAUUAAUAGAUGCUUGCUUAUGCUGUUUACGUACAUUAUCUCAAUAUACAAGUGCGUCAGAUGUUAAAUAUGAUAUUAAAAGUCUUCAAAAACUGCUAAGUUAUGCCGGACCAAAAGAUACUCUGCAGCGCCAAUCGUGUGUUGCCAAUAUUAUCACUUCUGCUUGCAAAAGCCCUGUUGAACAAAACAUAUUAUGCUCCAUAGGAGCCCCAGCUACCCUUGCUUCCUUAUUGUCAGUUCAAAACUAUUCCGUAACUAUACCAAUUGUGACAUGUUUGGCUACCAUGUGUUGGAACAACUCCGUGGUAGCUGGAGUUAUAGUAAACACUAGUUGUAAGGGUAUAAAAAUCCCUGAUUACCUGGAGAUACUCAUAUCUAGGGAUAGGCCCAUUGACAUGCAACUGGGUGCUGCUAGAUGUUUGACUAAUUUGUAUAGAGCAGGGGCUAUAUCAGCAUAUGACCCUAUUAUCACUUACCGUACCCUUCCUUGUCUUGUUAGAUUAUGUCAGAUAGAACACCAAGAGACACACAGAGCACUGGCAGCUGAUACUUUAGCCUAUUUGACAGAAGUUGAUAGUAAUCUACAACAAGUGGCAGCUAUUAGUAAUCAACUCGUUAGUGCUCUAGUAGACCUUUUGAAAUGUCCGAGCGUAGCAGCUAGAGGGGCGGCGUUUAGGGCGUUCGCUUCUUUGGGUGCAAACGACGAAGAUAUUCGAAAACGAAUCAUCGACACGAAAUGCCUAAUGGACCGAGUCGUGGACGGACUGGGCGACGACAACAAAGACAUCCGAUUGGCGGCGGUGAGAUGUUUACACUCAUUGAGCAGAUCGGUGCAGCAGUUGCGCACAACGUUUCAAGAUCACUCUGUUUGGAGACCGUUAAUGACACUGUUGACAGGGGUCUUUGUUACAGACUCGCCCUCCACGGAACUGUUGACCGCCGCCUCAUCGGCUCUCUGUAACUUACUGUUGGAAUUCAGCCCGGCCAAAGAGCCGAUGAUCCAACAGGGUGUGGUGCAGCUAUUGGCGACCAUAACGUCCCAAGCGGAUCCCAGUCUUCGAUUAAACGGUGUUUGGGCUUUGAUGAAUCUCGCUUUUCAAGCGGAGCAACGUUUGAAAUCGCAAAUUUUGACCACUCUGGGAACCGAUCAGAUUUUUAGGUUACUUGCGGAUCGAGACACUAAGGUCUUGAUGAAAACACUAGGAUUACUCAGAAAUCUCGUUUCACCUCGUACUCACACGGACAUGAUGAUGGCUUUACAUGGACCGCAAAUAAUGCAGGGCGUUGUUUUGGUACUUGAAGGCCCUCAUUUGCCGGACGUUAAGGAGCAAGCUUUGUGCAUACUAGGUAACAUCGCCGAUGGUGAAAGAGCGAGGGAGCAUAUCAUGUCGAACGAGGACGUUUUAAAGAAGCUGAUCGAUUAUAUGAUACAUCCCGCGCCUUGUUUGCAGGAAUCUGCAGUUUUUUGUAUACAUAACCUGACGAGAAGAGGGGAACCUGGAGCUAUUGAGAGGCAAUCUCGUUUAAAAGAAUUAGGAGUUGUAAAUAUCUUACAGCAGUUGUUAAGUACAACAGAUAAAAUUUUAUUUAAUAGAGUUAAGUCCGCUUUAACCCAGUUUGCAGAGGUGUAAUUUUUUUAUUUUACAGUUGUAAUUGCACAUAAGAAAAAACCCUUUACGUAAUUUAUUGUGAUUUUAAUGUAGACUGAGUAUGUAUUUAAAUAAAAAUAUAUAUGUACUUUAAGUUCUACAAUACUUAGAGAUGAGUACCUUACAUUGUCUUUCUUCUCAAUAUUUUUUUUGUGUUAUAAUUUAUUGCACAGAUAUUAUAUUAUUGUCCUCUAGAAUA